AUGCAUCCUCACGCUGCACAAUCCGAGCGAGCACCACUUCUGCCGCCCACGCCCAAGAUACUUGAGGCCGAAAGCUCUAUGGGCGGCGAUCAAAUACCCGUGGCAAACUGGGUCUGGGCACGCAAUGACAAGCAUGGCCGCCGAUUCCCACAAACCAUUGCCCAUCGAGGGUAUAAGGCAGAACAUCCUGAGAACACGAUGAAAGCAUUCGAGGGAGCGGUGCAGGCAGGAACCCACGCGAUCGAGACAGACAUUCAUCUGUCCAAAGACAACGUUGUCGUUUUGUCUCACGAUCCGGAUUUAAAACGAUGCUUUGGCAUCGAUGAUACCAAGAUUGUCAGUUGUGACUGGUCAUAUUUGUCCACGCUGCGAACCGUUAAGUCACCGCAUGAGCCAAUGCCACGACUGGCCGAUCUCCUCGAAUACCUCUCACACCCGGAACGCGACCACAUAUGGGUGCUGCUAGACAUUAAGCUCGACAACGACGCGGACAAUGUCAUGCGCCUCAUUGCAGAGACCAUCAAAGCAGCGCCUCAGCCAAAGCGACCGUGGAAUAAGCGCGUGGUCAUGGGUAUAUGGGCCGCGAAAUACUUGCCACUAUGCCAUAAGUAUCUACCGGAUUUUCCUAUCAGUCACAUCGGUUUCAGUACCUGGUACGCGCGGCAGUUUCUCAAGGCACCGAACGUGUCCUUCAAUAUGCUACAAAGGGUGCUCUUCGGCUGGGCGGGCCACCGCUUUCUGCGAGACGUCAAGGCAGCCAAGCGACCGCUCUUCGCAUGGACAGUCAACGACGAGAACCUCAUGAAAUGGUGCAUCCAGAAGGAGCUGGAUGGUGUGAUUACUGACGAUCCCAAGAAGUUCAAUAAAAUAUGUGAAGACUGGGAUGGUGCAAAGGAGCCUCCAGCAAAGCAGACGUGGCGGCAGUUGUUCCAGACCUUGUAUUUCUGGAUAAUGAUUCUGAUAUUUGGCUUCCCAUUCAGGAGAAAAUGGCCAGAGACGGUGCAAGACAUGCUCAAGUUGCGGGACCUGAAAGAGAAGGCCAGCACAACGAGGACUCUAGAUACAUAG